GCGCCCUCUUUCUAAAUAAAAAUACAAAUACUGAGCUGAAAGUGUUGGUAAAUGUAACUUAUGCAGUGUAAUUCAGUCGGUUGAUCUUCCUAGUAUAUAUAUAGUAGAUGUACCUGUAUAAGUCUAUGAUGGACUGACUGUGAGAAACAGAACAAUGGAGGAAGAGAACCUAACACAAAACAACCGCGUCCCUAGCCCAGAGCCCCCGUCUGAUGCCAGUGAUAUUACAACCAAUGGAAGCCAGUUACGGCAUCGCGAGAGACGAACUAGCUCCAGUCAGAGACGGCUGGCCAAAUAUGGGUCAACACAUGAACCGCCGAAAGAUGACGCUGUUUUUUAUCCUCAGGAUGAUAAACAUUCCUUCUUUGCUAAGGGCCGAGAUAUCGAGAGUGUUUAUACCACCCACAAGUAUACAGAGGAGGAGAAAAAAACACUGGCCACAUUUGAAAGUAUGGAUUAUCUUCCAUCACACAGUGAAGUCUACAAACACUGGCUCAGGAGACAACCAAAGAGACAGGACUGGGAUCGCUGGAUCAUGAUGGGUCUGAUCGGGUUUUCCGUGGGUUUCCUGGGUUUCUUGCUCCACCAGUUGAUAGACCUGGUCUCGGAGACUAAGUGGGAGAAAGCCAGAGACUUUGUGGCUGAUGACAAGAUGCUGGAAGCCUGGGGCUGGUGUCUGGGCUACAGUCUCAUAUUUGUGGUAGCUGGCUCUGCAUCUGUUGUGUUCCUCCGUCCUAGCGCUGGUGGCUCAGGAAUUCCGGAGCUGAUUGGCUUUCUGAACGGUGCUGUCGUACGCCACAUCUUCAACGUGAAGACGCUGGUGAUCAAAUUCUUCUCCGCCAUGUGCGUAGUUGGUGCAGGGAUGCCUGUAGGACCAGAAGGACCCAUGAUACAUCUGGGGAGUCUGGUGGGGGCAGGUCUCAGCCAGUUUAAGUCAGACACACUCAAGGUUCGCCUGCCAUUCUUCGAAAGAUUCCGUAACUCUGAAGAUAGGCGGAAUUUCAUAUCUGCUGGGGCUGCAGCGGGGGUGGCCUCAGCAUUUGGGGCCCCAGUGGGGGGUCUGCUAUUCUCCAUGGAGGAGGUGUCCUCUUUCUGGAACAUGAGACUGUCAUGGCAGAUCUUUUUCUGCUCUAUGGUGUCCACGUUUACGACGGACUUGUUUAAUUCUGCAUUUAAAGGUUUUAAAUAUCAGGGCAAAUUUGGACUGUUUCGUAGCGACCAGUAUAUUUUAUUCCAGGUAACAGAAGGCCUGGAUGUGAACUUGCUCGCCUUUAUUCCUGCCGCCAUCUUGGGCGUUAUUGGAGGAAUUCUUGGAGCCAUGUUUACCUUCAUUAACCUAAAAAUUGCCAGAGGGCGGAAGAGAUUAUUGUCAAAUAUUAAAAAUCAGGGUCUACAGAAAUGUGUAAGACUGCUGGAACCCAAUAUUAUUAUGAUAAUAUUUGCCACAGUGUCUGUGUUUUUACCUGCUGCAUUCAGUUGUACAAAGAUCAGUUGUGUACCUGGUGGCAGUCCUGAAGACAGGCCUUACUGUGUUGACAUGGAUGCUAGUAACCCCCUUCAGAUGUACAACUGUCCUAAAGGAAUUUCAUUUACAGAGGGAAAUACAACUUGGACCAACAAGUCUUUUAAUGAAAUUGCCACCUUGCUCUUUGUGUCAGGUGAGAGAGGGAUCCAUCACUUAUUUUCUAGGAACACACACCUGGAAUUUGGUUAUGCCUCUCUCUUCACGGUGCUCCCUAUCUACUUCCUGAUGGCGUGCUGGGCCGCAGGGACCUCCAUAUCUAGUGGUCUGGUGGUGCCUAUGCUGUAUAUAGGAGGUCUAUAUGGUAGGAUUGUAGGGCGUGGGAUGGUGGAUUUAUUUGGCGUCCACACCUCAGAUGCUGGCUACUGGUCCUGGAUGGACCCUGGGGCCUUCGCCCUGAUUGGGGCGGCGUCUUUCUUUGGAGGCGUCUCCAGACUGACCAUGUCCUUGACUGUUAUAAUGAUGGAGAUCACCAAUGACAUUCAGUUUCUCCUUCCCAUCAUGGUGGGCAUCAUGGUGGCCAAGUGGGUGGGAGAUUUCGUGACUCACCCUCUGUAUCACGCCCUCCUGGAGCUGAAAUGUAUCCCGUUCCUGAACACGGAGCCUGUGGUGGUACAUGAAGGAAGAGACGUACUUAACCUUGACCUCUAUGGGGCCAAAGACGUGAUGACCCCUGACCCCGUAGUGCUGCACGUCCACGAGCCAGUGCAGAAGAUUGCACGUUAUCUGCUGGACACGACGUAUGGGGGCUUCCCCGUCGUAAAAAAGGCUAAAAAUGGAGAGCUGGUAUUUCAUGGGCUGAUCACAAGGUUAGAGCUGACGGUGCUUCUGAUGCAUGAGGAGGCGUUUGACCCGCCACCCGAGGACGAAGAUGUGGUCGAGCAGGAAGUUACAUGUGUAGACUACGAGGCCUUAACACUGGACAAGUUGUCUGACCCAGCCAGAACUCAGGAGAGGUUACAACAGUACCUAGAUGAAGACAGAUAUGCCAGGUUAUAUGUCAACUUGCACCCGUACACUAACCAAUCAGCUGUCAGCAUCAGGGCCUGUUUCUCCCUCAACAGAACAUACAUCAUUUUCCGAACUUUGGGUCUACGUCACAUGACAGUCAUUGAUGAACAAAACCAUGUCAUGGGAAUCAUAACGCGGAAAGACUUAAUGGGGUUCAGUUUAGAAGAGAGGCUGUCAACAGUUAUCGAACAAGAGCGGGCAAGAGAGAGAGGGGCGGAAGUAGAGAUGACGCUGACAGUUGCAUAAGUUAUGAUUACUAUGAAAGUAAUCAGUGAAAUGAAAUCCUCUAAAUGCAGUCUAUGCAAAAAAUUUUUGGACAGCAGGGAUCAAAAAUCUUUUGACCAAAACCAGAAACAGUGUCCAGUUAUUCAAUACUUCAAUACAAGUUUGCUGUCUCAGCUUUUAUUCUAAUGACCCCUUGCAGUAGGGUUGGUGCUGUUAUGCAGUAAAUCAUCUCUAGUCCAGAUUAAUCUUUCAUUAGGAAUUAUUUGCUCUUCUAAGAACGGGAUUUGAAUGAAAGUAUAUCUACAGUCAUGAAAUAACUUAAAAUAACCCAUUUAGCUAUUUUACCCAUUAAGCUAUUUUUCCCCCAAAGUCCCUUUUCUCAAAAUGUGAACUAUAUUUCCAUAUGUAUAUUUUGAAUAUGUAAAUUUUAAUGACUUACAGUUUAUUGGUCCAAUCUCUUUACUGUAAGAGAAAUGAUAUUAUGACAUUGUUCUCAGAAGGGAAAAUAUAUGUCAUAUAAGUUGGUGACAGACUUGAUGAGAAAUGAUAUUUUGUAAUAUUUUUACCAUGUAUUAAGUUUUUUUUUAAUUGACAAGGACCAGGAGGAUAAUAGAAAAGGAAGUGCCAAAUUAGUGAAUUCCCCUAUUAACUAGUAUUCUUGAUACCAAUUAAUGAAAUACCUUGACCUAAGCGUAUUUUUCUACUUGGAUAGACUUGGUUUACGCCAGGUAGUUUGGGAUUAACUACCUGCAUAACGAUGUGAAGAUAGUUAUAAAUCUAAAUAAAAUAUGGU